AUGGAGACUAGAUACUGUGAAGACACAUGGAUUCCCACAAUGCCUGAAUUUUCAAUUGCAACACCAAAACGAGAGGGCUGCAAUAUUGAUCUGGUUAGCCAUGUUAUCAAUAACAGGACUAGGGAAUGGAGACUAGAUACUGUGAAGACACAUGGAUUCCCACAAUGCCUGAAUUUUCAAUUGCAACACCAAAACGAGAGGGCUGCAAUAUUGAUCUGGAGAAGACAGGAAAAUAUGGGCUCCAAAUCAGAGAUAAAAUUACCAGGUCAAAUCAAACUAUUAUUUGGCAAAGAAGGGAAAAGGAAAAGAGCUACAAAGAAAGAGGGGAUAUCUUCCCAUCCCCAUUCCAAAACUAUGGCAGAUGAUAUGGAAAUUGGAUAUAAUCCCAAAGGCGAGGCAUUUCUGGUGGAGAACGUGCUCCAAUGCUUUAGCAAUGCAUCUCCCUCAUGCAAAAUUGCAAAUCCAUCGAGGAAUCUGUAG